AUGUUGUUGACAGGUGGUCCAGACCAUAUUUACUUUUCAAAUCGUGCUGCUGAAAUUGAUCUGAAAGGACCAGAGAGACCAGAUAAUAGUGAGCAUGUGUUGAAAUGGAAGCCACACUCAGGACAACAUACCCAGAAACUGGCGACUAUCAAAAGAAGUUGGGGCAACUGGAAAUUAGAAUUGAAUCGGCCCAGGGAAAACAACGGCUUGUACAGGGACAUACUACUUUUCCAUGGUAUCCAAUAUAUAAAGAUAAGACAACCUGCAUUUAACUUUGCAGGAUUGUUCACAUUGAUUCAAAAACAACCAGUGAAGCAAAUCGUGAAACAAUAUGAAAUAUUUGGACUUAAAGUUGAAUUUAGCCCACAGCGGCCUGUGGUGGGCAGUGACGUCACACUCAGCUGCACCAUCUCCAGACUCUCAGAUACAGUCAGUCUUCACUUGAGACCAAUGGGCUCAUCCCAGCAGAACACGAGCAACACUGAUCAGAUCCGCUUGGAUAACACAGUCUAUCUGAUGAUCCGACAUGUUACAGUGGAGGAUGGGAAGUUGUAUGUGUGUGAAGUGCAGGAAAAAGGAAAAAUCGUUUAUACUACGAAAGCAGAUUUUUCUGUGAAUCGUGAGAUAUACCUCAGCAGUAUCACCCUAUAUCGUGGGGCCACAGAUCACAGUGAACUCCACCUGAACUGUUAUCUUCGAAAUGAACACUUCACUUAUGCUGAAUGGACCUGGAGCUCACCUCUGCAUCAAAUUCAGGAGAAAGAAAUAGCAACUGCAUCAAGAUAUCAGCUAGUCCAUCUUAACAGCACUUACUUUAAGAAUCGAAUGGCGACUACAAAGACCUGGUUUGAUGGAUAUGAUUUCACUGCAAAGAUUGUCCCUGUAUUGUUUGAAGAUGCAGGAGUUUAUAAGUGUUCCAUGGAUUCCAUCAGGAUUGUGACUUUUGAACUAAUCACAAUGAAAGUUACAGCUGAAGAGACUGAGGGAGACACCAUUACCUUGACCUGCUCUGUGUCUCAUGUCACUGCAUCAAUGAAACUGGUGUGGAUUAAUGGCAAUGACAGAUAUGUUGGAGAAAAGACUCUGACUGGGGAUGAGAAAUCAGUGAGGCUGACAAUUCAGAAAGCUGAUGAAGACCAAUGGGACUGGAAGUGUGGUGUGUUUUAUCUAGACAGGCCUCAGCUAUUCAUCCCAUUUUAUCUGGAGCCCAGUGGAAGCGGGAAUUCCAUUUACUUUUUCCACCAGGAAGGCAAAUUUGUAUUGAAAGGACCAGACAGUCCUGGAAAUGGCCCCAUUGACUGGGAAUGGAGACCACACUCAGGGCAACAAACCACAAAGCGAUUGGCCACUUUUCACAGAGAUGAUCAGCGGUGGGCCGUCCAAUUGAGUGAUGAGUACAAUCAAAUACCAGGCAUUUCCCAGAGGAUGCAUGCGGACUGGGGUACCCUUAAUCUGAGGAUCAGGAAGCCCAUCUUUGAACAUGCUGGACUUUUCACCUGGACUCAGACACAGCCCGGAGGGAAAAUCCUGAUUCAGUGGGAACUAUUUGGAAUCAAAGUUGAGGCAGACUCACCGAAGCCAGUAAUGGGCAGUGACAUCACCCUCAGCUGUACCAUCUCCAGACUCCCAGAUACCGUUAGUCUUCACUGGAAACCAAGAGGCUCAUCUCAGCAGAACUGGAGGAACAACACUGAUCAGAUCCGUCUGAAUAACACCGUCUAUCUGAUGGUCCAACACGUUGGAGCAGGAAAUCCCAAUCUGUACACAUGUGAAGCGCGGAGAAAUUGCUCCAUUGUUCUCACUGCAAACACGAAUAUUAAAGUGGAUCAUGAUUUACAUAACAAGAUGUACACAGUUUAUCGUUCAGUCACAGAUCACAAUAAACUCGACCUGAUUUGUGAAGCUUCUCCAGAUCUCAGUGAAACUAAAUGGACUUGGAGAUCACAACAUUUCCAGAAUCAAGAGAAGGAAAUAGCUUCAACUCGCAGGUCUGAGCCGAUCCAUAUCAAGAGGAACUACUUUGAGGAUCGACUGGAAAUCAUAAAGGGAAAUUUAACCAGCAAGAAUUUCAGUGUGAGGAUUGUGCCUGUACGGUUUGAAGAUGCCGGAGUUUAUACAUGUUCUUCGAGUUCAUAUGAAUAUGUGACCAUUGAACUAAUCACAGUUACAGUCACAGCUGAGCCGUCUGAUGCAGUGACUGAGGGAGACACUGUUACCCUGACCUGCUCUGUGUCUCACGUCACCAAAUCAAUGAGACUGGUUUGGAUCAAUGAUGAUGACAAAACUGUGGAAGAGGAAACAUUUAAGGAGCAACAUGAAGGGAAAUCUUUACAGCUGAUUAUUCCAAACGCCAAUGGAGCCAGAAGGAAGUGGAAAUGUAUUGUGUUUCAUCAAAAUACACCAAAGACUUUAAUUCCGUAUUACCUGCAGGUGAAGAAGAAAUCUACUUUUAAUCACUACCCUGUUGUAAUUACGGGGAUUGUGGCUCUUCUCCUCAUCAUCGUCCUGGUAGUGGUGCUGUGUCUAAAAAAGUGUAAGCUUACAGGUUUGGCGAAUCAAAGACAGAAACCUCCACAAUCAAACAGAAACAUAGAAGAUGAAUUUCACCUUUAUUCAAAUACCAAUGAAAUCCAUCAAACUCAAGGUAGUAACAAGACACUCAUACCUGAGACCAGUCAUAAAGCUGAAUAUAUGGCUGUGAACAGGAAGUCAAAGAAAGAAGGAGUUAUGAAGACACCAUAUCCUGAGACAGAUGACUUUGCUGAAUAUUCAAAUGUCAAUAGGAAGCCAACACAAGACACUGAGGAAGACAUUCAUUAUGGAUCCAUCUCCUUCAAGCUGAAAGCAUCAGAUGGGCGCAGGCAUGGUACACAACCCCCUAAUCAACCUUCAAAUAAUAACCCGGUUUCUUCAGAUGAAGACGGUUCAUCUGUCAUCUAUGCACAGAUGGCGCAAACAAAAAUUUGAAUAAUCUCCAGAGAUUAGAAAAGAAAAUGGACUAGAUAUGUGGAAGGAAGGAGUUUUCAGAAUUGAAAUCUUAACUUUAGAACUGUUGCGUAGCUUUCAUCCUUUGUACAUGCCCUGAAUUAACAAAAUCACAGCAUCAGGCUUUU